GUUUCCAUGACUCGAUGUGCGUGUCUUGUUGAUGGGAUGGAUUUUUUCAGCGCCAUGAAACAAGUCAUUUCUUGUCCUGAAGUUGUUCGAAGCAGAUCGGAAGCGAUGGAAGUUUUUGAGAAAAGGAAGUUGAACACGUUGACUCUAGCCCAGAGAGUUGAAAUAAUCAAUAGAUUCGAGCUGGGAAUGAAGGUCACUGAAAUCAGCAAGACUUACAAAAUUCCACAAAGCACUGUUUCGACCAUCAUCCGCAAGAAGGACAAAUGGCUGAAGCAGCAUGAAUCCCGAGGAACUCCUCAAGCAAAACGUGACAAGCCACUGUUGGAUGACAAACUUGAACAAUCACUGGUAAUCUUUGUCCGUCAAGCUAGGGAGAGCCGCAUUCCAUUAUCUGGCGCAAUCAUUUGUGAAAAAGCGCGCCAGUUCGCAACGCAGCUAGGAGUUCAAAAUUUCAAGGGCAGUAACGGUUGGCUGGUAAAGUUUUUGAAGCGACAAAAAAUUUCUUUCAAAAAAUUGUGCGGAGAAAGCGCCAGCGUUGAUACCGUUAUGACAGAUGGCUGGAAGGAACAUACAUUACCGAAGAUCAUAGAAGAAUACGAAGCGCAGAACAUUUUCAAUGCCGAUGAAACUGGCCUGUUUUUCAAGUGUCUUCCGGACAAAACUUUCGCUCUACAGACCGAAUCGUGCCAUGGAGGAAAGUACUCGAAGCAACGAUUAACGGUCAUGUGCGCUACGAAUAUGGAUGGCAGCGAAAAAUUACCCCUGUUCGUAAUAGGAAAAAGCCAGAAACCACGCUGCUUUAAGGACAUAUCCCCAUGA